CACUUCUCGCAGUUCGUGGUUGCGCGACCAUCAGAACGGAUCAGUUGCUGCUGUCACUCGGUCCCGUAAGGGUUUCAGUGACGUUUCUGCUAGCGUAGGAGAUAGGAAGAAAGGAGGAACAGACAGUAUCUGUCAAUCAUAUUCGAGUGUACAGCAGUUGAUAUAUUAUAAUUAAAAAUGUUCACGGGGUUAACGAAUCAGAUGUCUACAUGGAUGGGAAAGAAAGGCGAGGACGGCACGGAAUUGCCGGCAGAAGAAAAAGUAACUUCAGUUGCUGAAGGAGGUGAUGCCGAAUUAGAGAAAAAAGACAGCCCGACUAAAGGCAGCAGCAAAUUAGAAAUGUUGGCUGGUGUAAAGUCUCAGAUGACGGGUUGGUUUAGCGGUGGAAUACCCGGAUUAAGUCGGGGUGCACAUGGAAAUGAAAGCGAGGCGCAACCACAGGCAGGUGCAAAUGGCACCCCAAUAGCGCAAAAUACUCAGGGUACAACUGAGCACCAAAAAGAAGACGAUGCGAGCAGUGCAACCGGUGGAGCCGACAGUGGACCUGGAAGUUUAGAGGGUUCGCCACUGGAGGACGCCGAAGGACAACAAGCAUUUGGAGGUGUUCCCACGAAGGCGCUGGCAGGUGCCAAGAGUCUGGGUGGAUUUUUAUACAGCGCCGUGAAUAAAGCUGGUAAAACUGUCGUGGAGGCUGGCGUGAAGAUCAAGAAGACCGUCGAGGAGAACAGAUUGGUCGCAGAACUGAACAAAGAACAGGAGGCUUUCAUUGCCAACAAACACACCGAAAAGGGAGAGGCCGUUGCCCCGUGGGUCGGUGCACCCAACGAGGACGUAUUGCGCGAAGAAUGCUUAUCUCUCUCUACGGAUAAACGUAACUUUUUGAGGCCCCCGCCUGAAGGCGUAGACUUCCCAUGGGACUUCGAAGCGGUGCAGCCAAUGGCUGAAGCAACUCUUGCUCUGGACCCGAAUCUUAAAGAUAUGAGAUUCCAACUUGUACCCAAGGUAAUUUCCGAAGAGAAUUUCUGGCGGAACUACUUCUACCGGGUGUCGGUUCUCCGCCAGAGCCACGAGCUGAACGCCAUGGCCAGCCAGGCAGAAAACAACCAAAAUCUGACCUCUACCGGAAAUGUGAAUCAACCCGAAGUUCAAGUGACCACUGGCCAGGAAAGCAGCGGAGCGGUCAUCACCGGAAGUAACAGCGCGUUGGCCGAUUCUCCGGGCCACGAAUUCGUGUCCGAUAGCAUGAGGGUCUCGGACACGGACCUCGAAGAGGUCCGAGAAGGCAUGAAAAAGCUCGGGAUGCAACCACCUAAAGAAGAAGAUUGGGAACGCGAAUUGGAAGCGGAGCUGAAGGAUUACGAGGUUGUUGUAGCGGGCAACGAGAAGAGCGGCGUCGCGGCGACCACCAAAGACUCCGGCGUCGUCGGUUUGAAUACGGAAGAUUGGGAGAAGCAGAUCGACGAGCUGCUGGCCAACGAGGAUGACGAGGACCUCAAGUGAGCCGGGGAGAUCCUCUUUGUGACCGGAUAUAGAGACGAUCUCGUCGCGUUUCAAUUGAGAUCCUGGAGGGGACAGUGUGAGAGAUCGGCGGACGGGUUCUUACGCUUUUCUUCCAUCGAUCUUCCGCCAUUUUAUAAAAAGCGCGGUCUUGAGAUGGAGGAUACGCUUUGUUGUGUACCUUUCUCUGUCCCUCUUUCAUGAUUAAAGGAAUGCUGAAGAGGAUAUUGUUUUUUUUCGAUCUUUCGAUGAGGUUCAAGGUAGAAUUGUGGAGGGAGAGAGAAAGGGGUGAUUUGGUUGUUUCGAUUGUUGUGAUUUGAGGGGGAGAGUUGGUGUAACCAGGAACUAAUUUUGGAGAUGUACAUCACGUGAUAGUUUGAUCGAAUUGCAUUGUGUGUUGAAUACACAAUCUUGGUGUUUCAACACGUGAUGAUAUAUUGUACACUGCAAUGUGUGCUAAGCUAACUCAUAAACCAAGUGGUAAUCACGUGAUAGCAGUUUAAAACCUCAAACAAAAAUCCUAGUUGCAUCAAUGAUCGCAAGAUGGAAGGAUAGCAGGUUGAAGAGGAAGAGUUCCUUUCCUUUUCUUCUGGUUUUUCUCAACAGCGUACAUUAACGAUCCUCGAGCACGAUGAAGAUGAGGGCUAAAGAUACGGUAUGAAAUUAUUUUUGAUUGAUGGAUCUAGAACCUCCGUCGAUUCCAUCCAUAGAUGAUCCAUGGAUCUCAUGAACGGUGGACGGGUGUGCACACCAAACAAGAUGAUUAUACUUAAACGCCACACUUAUGUCAAUUGUUAGACGACUCGCCUUUCAUUACGAUAACCGGGCGAACGUAAGAUUUCUUUAUGCAUUUUCUCGUUUGUAAUGAUACUACCAGAAAAAUAAAGAGAUAUAAAUGUAUUUGAUAAUGUUAAAAUGCACUGUGCUGCGAUAUCCAAUUAUAAAUUAUAUGAAAUUAUAUUCUUCAUCGGGUUCGACGGAUCGAGAAUUAUUCAGAAUCACACACUUUUACACUGCCGUGUGCCGAAGGACACCGUUUCGGAUCGACGAGUUUGUUUUGUUGAUUUAUUCAAAUGUUAAAUUAUAAUUCGAAAUACGAUUUAUUCGUCGAUCGUGGAUAUUACAAGCCAAAGAUUAACUCGAUUCGAUCAUUAUGCCUCCGCACUGUACGAAAGAAAGCGUUGGCAAAAUAUGUAGCUAUCAAUGCUGAUACUAAAAGCAUUUAUUAAUGUUGCGUGGCGAGAGUCUAUAUACCUUGUUCUUGCGUUAAAUUCAAUAUUUGUUAUGCGAUGUUGAGUAUUAACAUUUGAUGUCCACGUGAAAACAGAGAUAAAGUGCAUUUAUGAAUCAAGUAUUUAUAAAAGAAACUUCAAACAUUCAAUUAUAACGCAGUUAACUUUCAGUCUGUGUUUUGAAACACAUUCCAUAAAGAUGGCGAUCUACAGGUCGAAUCAUUUAAAAUUAAAAUUCAGAGAAAAAGAAACAAGUUUGUUAAUGUGAUUUUCUGCGCUAUACCGUCCUUUCUUGUGUCUUUCAAUGAGACUAGUCAAAACAAUUUCUGGACAAACAGAAAAUCAUAAAGGAUAGCGCUAUAUAAGAAUAUUUUGCUCUAAUCAAAGUAUAGCUUCUUUUAUCACGUGGACAUCGCAAUCGGCGAGAAACAGAAGCUUUGUUGCGAGUCGCAAGCGGAAGAAAAUGAAGGCUGUAAUUGGGAGAACGAAAUCUUUGCACUUCCCGUCGAGACGUUCUUUUUGCGUGCGCCGCCAUGUUGAGUACAGAUCUUUCGUCAAUUCUUCCCAGAGAUUUUCUAUAUUCUCUCUUUAUAGUGCAUCGACUGACUGAUUCGAUGUACACUCAGGUGUAGGCUUCCUUUGGACAAGAACAUGUAUACAGGGAACCUUUCAAAAUUUGCUUUCAAUUUUGGGGAAUAUGGAAACUUGGGAAUUUUUUAAUUCUUAAGUUUUCUAAUUUGCAAACCUACAAAUUCUAAAGUAUUCAAUUUCCAAAUGAUUUCUAAAUUCCCAAGUACUAAAUUCUGAAACUUCUAAAUCCCCAAAUUCCCAAACCCCAAAUAUGCAUUAAAAUAUUGGACCUUCCCUUAUGUCGCAAUUUUCCCCAAGGAAGCCUACAGUGGCCGCAACUGUACUCGUUAGCUUAUAGAAAUCCUCGAAAAGAGUAAAAUAAACUAAGACUUAAAAUUCUGAGCUCAACGCUGGUUCACCGGUGUGCGCGUGUUUCACCCAAACUCGGCUGCGAGGUUUUUUUCAUUCGCGCUAGUCGUUAGGUCGAUAUAUGGAUACGUAUACUGUAUUAAAUGUAUAUUAACAUUAAGCUGUCGUGUAAUUAUCCGGGCCUAAGUUUGUCAAAGUUCCGAGCGAAGAAACAUGUUGAUCGAAGUGACACGACCCUCUCCCCGAGAGUACGUGAAGAUUGCGAUUUUUCGUUGAGACGAUCUGUUGAACGUUAUGCGUUGUAUUCUAUCGAUUCCGUGUUGUUACAUUGUAUAUUUUCUUGCGACGCGUUGAUAGUCCGCGUUUUUGUGUCCUCUUGCCCCCCGACUGAGACGCGAGGAGAGCCCUUCAUCUUUUGAAUGGCCGACACGAUGGAUCAGGAAAGUAGAAAUAUACGUAAGACUUGAUGAACGAACAAACGUCUUUCCCUGUGUAAAAAAUUCGAAACACACACACGUACACACUUCAAUGGCCAACUGAAAGAAGAAAAAUAAUUAAUCAUGGUGUACUUCGGCAAUCCCUCUUAUUUCAAAACAUCUCUGUGAAUUGUGUAAUAAAAUAAAAGCUAUCCUACGGUACAGUGCAUUCGCUCGUAAGAAUGAACAUACAUCCAAUACGUAUAUAUAUACGCAUAUAUAUAUAUACAUAAAUAUACAUAAUAUACAUAUGAAAAUAAAUAAAUAAAAAAUAUAUAUAUAUGUUGUUGACUCCAUUGAAAGUAUGAUAAUAUAUUAUGAAUAUUAUUGAGAGUAUAAGGAGAUGAAGCAUUAAUUACGGAAUUAUUUAAGAGAAUAAUUAAUAUAAGUGCGGAAUGUAAACAAUAAAGGUCGUGUACCUCGUGAGAAAUAAACUGACAACAAAAAAUAU